GAGACAAGUGAAAAUGCAUUGAGAAUCUCUCUCUCUCGCUCUCUCUCUCCUCACCAAAUAUCUGAGUUUUUCUAAUUUGCAGGUUUUGUACUUUGUCGAAGUUCUGAACUAUAUUUGUUUCUAAGGGCGUCAUGCGUCUCUCUUUUAGGUACGUCUCUCUCUCUCUUGCUUCCUAUUUCUGUAUUUCUCCCUCGAUUAUCCUCUUUCUCACUGAACUGUUCCUUCUCGGCUCUACCUCUCCAAGACUGAUGGCUGUUGGUCCUGGUAGACAAGUUAAUUUUUGAGAGAGAGAGCAAGGAAGUGACGUGUCAUGGCCCUGAAUCUUAUGAUUACCAGAAGAACCUCCCAAUAUGCCUAUCUGCUUCCCCCAUUUCCAGCCAAACUGCAAAUAUUGGCGCAUUCAAAUAAUAUCUCGCCUGAAAUCAUCACCCAGACUUUUAAAUUUGGGAAACCGUUUUCUUCCUCAUCAGCUUUGACUCUAGAUUUCUUGGAUGAAGAAAACUAUAGCGGCCUUGAUUUCGAUAUGUACUAUUCCUCUCUAUUAGAUAAUUCAACCCAUAAAGCCCAUCUACUCCAAAUCCAUGCUCAGCUUAUCGUGUCCGGAUUGCAAGAAAGCAACUUUUUAGCUACGAAAUUCGUUCACGCAAGCUCAAAUAUGGGGGAAAUUCAUUAUGCCCGUGAGUUGUUCGAGAAAAUUCCUGAACCGAAUAUCUUCUUGUAUAAUUCGAUCAUAAGGGGUUAUUCUAGGAACAGUUUGUUCGGUGAUGCACUUGAUAUGUAUUCAAGAAUGCAGUCCCGAGGGGUGAGCCCAGAUAGGUUCACUCUACCUUAUGUGCUCAAAGCUUGCAGUGGACAAUCAGCCCUCAAAAUGGGUUUUCGGAUUCAUGCCCAGAUUUUCAGACAUGGGUUUGAAUCGGAUGUGUUUGUGCAGAAUGGUCUUGUGGCAUUAUAUGCCAAGUGUGGAGAGAUCAACAGGGCUAGAGCUGUAUUUGACGGAUUAUGUGAUAGAACAAUUGUUUCUUGGACUUCAAUCAUUUCUGGGUAUGCCCAGAACGGACAGCCUUUGGAAGCUUUGAGAAUUUUUAGUGAAAUGAGACAGCAGGAUGUGAAACUAGACUGGAUUGCUCUUGUGAGUGUCCUUAAGGCUUACACUGAUGUCGAAGACUUAGAACCGGGUAAAUCUGUGCACGGUAUUGUCAUUAAAAUGGGGCUAGAAAUGGAACCGGACUUACUCAUUGCACUUACAUCUAUGUAUGCAAAAUGUGGGGAAGUAACAGUUGCUAAAUCUUUGUUUGAUCAAAUGGAGAUGCCAAAUGUAAUUCUGUGGAAUGCAAUGAUAUCUGGGUUUGCAAAGAAUGGUUAUGCUGAUGAAGCUGUGGAGGUUUUUCGUAAGAUGACCUACAAGGGCAUCAAAGCAGACUCUAUCACUGUACGUGCUGUGAUUUCAGCCUGUGCCCAAGUAGGUUCACUUGAUUUAGCACGACUGAUGGAUGAGUACAUUGAUAGAACUGAGUACAGAAACGAUGUUUUUGUUAAUACAGCCCUUAUUGACAUGUACGCAAAGUGUGGAAGCAUAGAGUUUGCACGAAAAGUAUUUGAUAACACUCCAGAUAAAGAUGUCGUGGUCUGGAGUGCCAUGAUUGUGGGGUAUGGCUUGCAUGGUAGAGCUCGCGAAGCCAUUGAUCUUUUCAAUUUGAUGAAGCAUGCCCGGGUGGAACCGAAUGAUGUAACCUUUCUUGGACUCCUCUUGGCAUGCAAUCAUUCAGGCCUUGUACAAGAAGGUUGGGAGUAUUUUUACCGUAUGCAACAAGACCAUGGGAUCGUGCCUCGGCACCAACACUAUGCUUGUGUGGUUGAUCUUCUUGGCCGUGGAGGUUAUUUAGAUGAGGCUUAUAAAUUCAUCGCAAACAUGCCUAUUGAACCAGGUAUCACUGUGUGGGGUGCCCUCUUGAGUGCAUGCAAGAUCCAUCGCCAUGUUUCACUGGGAGAAUAUGCUGCAGAACGUGUUUUCUCAUUAGACCCAUUAAAUGCAGGGCACUAUGUGCAGCUUUCAAAUCUAUAUGCUUCACUCAGGAUGUGGGACCGUGUAGCGAAGGUCCGAGUACUGAUGAAAGAGAAAGGACUCAGUAAAGAUCUCGGCUAUAGUAUGAUUGAGUUAAAUGGUAAGCUUCAGGCCUUCCGGGUUGGAGACAAGUCACACCCAAGAUCGAAGGAGAUCUUUUUGGAGCUUGAGAGGCUAGAGAGGAAGUUGAAGGAGGCUGGAUUUGUUCCAGACACAGGCUCUGUCAUGCAUGACUUGAACCAUGAAGAAAUAGAGUAUACUCUUUGUAAUCACAGUGAGAGGCUAGCCAUUGCUUAUGGCCUUAUCAGUACACUUCCUGGAACAACUCUUAGGAUAACAAAGAAUCUCCGUGCAUGUGUUAACUGUCAUUCAGCGGCCAAGCUUAUAUCUAAGAUUGUGAACAGGGAGAUAGUUAUUCGGGAUGCAAAUAGAUUUCAUCACUUCAAGGAUGGAUUAUGCUCCUGUCGAGACUAUUGGUGAGAAGGUGGGUUUAACCGUAAGUUCACGUCAACUAUGGAGCAGCUUCAAGCCUGACAAAGCAGCUUGUAGUGCUCCGAUAAGAAACAGAGAACAGAAAACAAAUUGAGAAAAGGUGCAAUGUUUCUUUUUGUGGAAAGUUGGAAGGGAUUUAAUGGUCAGCAUCUGAAUGUCUGAAACAUUGACCGAGUAUGUGUAGCUGAUCGAUCUGAUAGAGAAGCAAGUCAUAGAAUUUGCAGUUGUUAUAUCAAUGCUUGAUUAAUACGUGCCCUUGUUGGAAUCCCAUGUAUAAGUUGCCUAUCAAAAUCCACCAUCCUAAGAAUGGGCAUUCCGUGUUUGGGGGAAAGAAGAACAAAAUGAAAGGAAAAGAGAAAGAAAAGUUGAGUUGCCGGUGAUGGUCCACCUCAAAAGGACCCAACUCUUGAAAUCCCUUCUUCAUCUCCCACUUUGCUUGGUUCACAGUUGGGUUCGGUGCUACACAAUCCCACCUGUGAAGACUAAGCCCUGUUUUUGGAAUUAAACCUCUGGUGUUAUUCUAGAUAUGUUGAAGGAAGUUCGACAGGAUUCAAGGACGACUGUUCAGUCAUUGUUGCUUCACUUCUGCUGUUAUACAGAAUGAACAUCAACAAUUCACCAGGCUUCCGGACGAUUAGAGGGGCCUUUUAGCUAAAUUUUGUAACUGAAUUCUGUUCUUAUUUAUUUAGUUUUAGAUCGGAAGAUUCUGUUCUUUAUUUUGUUAUAGCUGAAAGUCUAAUGCUUCAUCCUUCAAGUCA